GGCUCCCGGCCCAACACUGGCGGAAAGCAGCGGUCUCGGGGACCCUCCCGCUCCCUCCUCUUCUCCUGGUCCCCCUCUCCGCCCCCCGCCCCUUCAAGCGCCCCCGGCACACGCGGGACGAGUCUGUCCAGGAGGGGCUGGCGGAGCGGUGGAGGGGGCAGGCUGGGGGCGGAGGGAGCCCGGGCGGUCCCACCCCCAGUUACAGCCCCCGACAGGAAGAGUUCGUCGCGGCAGCCGCUGCCGAAAGGGACGGAGCUGGGGAGGGCGGGCGCCUGAGCGCGGCGGAGGCAGCCAUGCUCCUGUCUGGGGGCGACCCCCCGGCGCAGGAAUGGUUCAUGGUGCAGACAAAAUCCAAGCCUCGGGUGCAGAGGCAGCGCCUGCAAGUGCAGCGCAUCUUCAGGGUCAAGCUGAACGCCUUCCAGAGCCGCCCGGACACCCCCUACUUCUGGCUGCAGCUCGAGGGGCCCCGGGAGAACACGGGCAAAGCCAAGGAGUAUCUGAAGGGCCUGUGCAGCCCCGAGCUGUGGAAGGAGGUCCGCUACCCACCGAUCCUGCACUGCGCCUUCCUCGGGGCCCGGGGCCUCUUCCUGGACUGCCUCUGCUGGAGCACCCUGGCCUACCUGGUGCCUGGCCCCCCUGGCUCCUUGAUGGUAGGCGGGCUGACCGAGUCUUUCAUCAUGACCCAGAACUGGCUGGAGGAGCUGGUGGCGCGGUUGCGCUGGGGCCCAGCCUCUCUGCUGACCCCCCGAGGUGUCUGGGAGGCUGAGGUGACCCGGGCCUUUGGGGCCCUGGUCUGGAUCCGUGGGGACCAGCAUGCGGGGGACCUGCUGCAGCUGCCCCCCGCAGUCCAGGAGCUGCUGCUGAGCCUGGUGCGCGAUGCUGCUGGCAAGGAGGACAUCAUCGAGUGGCUUGGCCACUUUGGCAUCUCCAGCCCCCACUCCGACCCAGAGGUCCUGAUCUGCCCUCCCCAGCAGCAGAAGGAGGGCUCAGCCCUGGUGUCCGUGGCUGAGAGUCCUGGGUCCUUCCUGGAGAUGGGGGCCCUUCGGAAUGGGGGCUCCGAAAAUUCCAAGAGAUUAUCCAGUCUGGGAGCCACCAGGUCCCUGACCUCAGCUCAGAGCACACAGCAGGAGACGGCAAACCAGCUGGUACGGGUCGGCUCCAGCAAACAAGGUGGUACGGACGGAGCUCGCGAGGAGGAGCCAGCACAAGCCACCAGCGGCCAGGUCUCCGCCAUCAGCACACCAGCCUUGCUGCAGCCCAGGCAGGCCCACAGGCUGGACGAUAAACUCCCCUUGCAGCCUCCUGUGUCAGCCCUGAGUGUGUGCCCGCCCUGGAGGGCCUGGGCCCCGGGGCCCGCCUUGUGGCCGGGGGCUGUUGCCACAACUUUCUGGAGGAUCAACGAGCUGCAUUCUCUGCACCUGGCCUGGCUCCUGUCCCAGGCGUGCUUCACUUUCCCCUUUUGGCAGGGGAGGCCGCUGGGCGCCAUUCAGUUGAAGUUGCCAGGGCCAGCUCCUUUGCCCUUAAACCUGGAGUGGAAGCAGAAGGAGCUGGUUCCUCUGCCCAGUGCAGAGAGCCCAGCUUGUAGACCGGAUGAGGGGCUGGGGGCAGAGACGGUCCUACAGAACUGCCCGAAGCCAGAGACCCCCCAGAAGGUCAUGAGUGUAUUGCUGGUCCCAGGGGCCUCGAACGUAAAGGACAAGGUGAGGCUGGGUCUUCCGCAGAUAGGGCCGCCGCCUUUGCCCUCUGCACCCUGCCUCCAAGUUGGGGGUCAGCCGGGGGAUCGGGGCAAUAAUACGCAGUCGGAUUGUAAGGGGCUGGGAGAGGGGUCCUCUCCAGUGCCACCCGCAGGGCAAGAGGCGCCCACGGCUCAAGGCGGGCAGACCGCUCAAUCAGUACCUGAAGUUCAAACAGUGCCUGAAACUCACCAAGUGCCCCUGGCUGCAGCAGUCCCCAAAGCCGAAAACCCACCCACUCCUCAGGAGCUGCCUGCAGCCCCCCAGGUGCCUACGGCCCAAGUGAGGUCGGCGGCACCCACAGAGCCCGCAACACCGAAAGUGCCUUUGGCUCCAGCAGAGCCAGCGGCUCAAGUGGUGCCCACGACUGCACACGCAGCCGGGCAGUCAGCGGCAGCGGCAGCAGCAGCGGCAACAGCUCAAGUAGCGCCUGCAAAUCCCAAAACUCGCACAGCUCAGAAGGCACCUGCAGCAAAGACACCACCCGCUGGCCCCAAAACACCCAAAGCUCAGUCGGGGGCUGCCAGGAAAACAGAGUCUACCACUCCCAAAGCACCUGCAACCCCCAAAGCACCUGCUGCUUCCAAAGCGCCCAAAGCUCCCAAAACCCCUGCAGCUCAGAAGGCGCCCACGGAGGCAAGGCCUGCCUUGGAUGUGGCCAAACUUCUGAGGGAGGUCCAGCCUUCGUCAAGGGGUAGUGCCUCCUCACCAAAGAGCCAGGGGGAGGCUGGCAGGCAGGGUCGCCAGCCCGGUGGCACCUUGGCCGCCAGCAGUAAGCACCCAUUUCAGAUGGAGGGGCUCCUGGGGGCUUGGGAGGGGACCCCGAGGCAGCCACCUCGCAACCAGCAGGCCAAGAACACUGUGACCAGCUUCCAGCGGUACCACGAGGCCCUGAAUACGCCCUUCGAGCUGAACCUGUCGGGGGAACCCGGGAACCAGAGCUUGAGGAGAGUGGUCAUUGACGGCAGCAGCGUGGCCAUGGUGCACGGCCUGCAGCACUUUUUCUCCUGCCGAGGCAUUGCCAUGGCGGUGCAGUAUUUCUGGAACCGGGGACACCGAGAGGUCACGGUGUUCAUACCCACCUGGCAGCUGAAGAAGAACAGGAGGGUGAGAGAGAGCCACUUUCUGAACAAGCUACACUCACUCAAGAUGCUUUCAAUCACCCCGUCCCAGCUUGAGAACGGCAAGAAGAUCACCACCUACGAUUACAGGUUCAUGGUGAAGCUGGCGGAAGAGACAGAUGGCAUCAUUGUGACCAAUGAGCAGAUCCACGUCCUGAUGAAUAGUUCCAAGAAACUGAUGGUCAAAGAUCGACUGCUGCCUUUCACCUUUGCUGGGAAUCUCUUCAUGGUGCCUGAUGACCCUCUGGGCCGUGAUGGCCCCACCUUGGAUGAGUUUCUGAAGAAGCCCAACAGGUUGGACGCUGAUAUUGGCAACUUCCUGAAGGUGUGGAAGACUCUUCCUCCCAGCUCAGCCAGUAUCCGUAAAUCGAGUGGUGACCUUGACCCUGAGCCUGCAGAGGGUGCACAGGAUGUGGGAGGAGUCAGGGAGAAGGAGAAGGAGAAGAAAGAGGAGAAGAAGGAGGAGGAGAAGAAGAAGGUGCAGGAGAAGAAGGAGGAGGAGCAGAUGAAGAAGGAGGGGGAGGAGCAGGUGAAGAAGGAGGAGGAGGGGAUACAGAAGCCAGCUGAGGAGGAUGACCUUGGCUCUUCCCUGGCCUCAGUGUUCGGAGUCGAGUGCCCUUCCCUUUCGGAGGAAAUCCUCCGGUGCCUCAGCCUCCACGACCCCCCCGAUGGGGCCCUGGACAUUGACCUCCUGCCAGGGGUGGCUUCUCCCUGCCUGGGCAUCCCCUGGGACGGGAAAGCUCCUUCCCAGCAGGUGCUUGCCCACCUGGCGCAGCUGACAGUCCCCAGCAACUUCACCGCUCUCUCCUUCUUCGUGGGGUUCAUGGACUCGCACCGCGAAGACAUCCCUGACUACGAGGUCCUCAUGGGCCCCCUGCACAGCCUCCUCAAGCAGAAGCCGGACUGGCAGUGGGACCGGGAGCAUGAGAAGGCCUUCCUGGCUCUCAAGCGAGCCCUGGUGUCCGCGCUGUGCCUCACGGCCCCCGAUUCCCAGCUGCCCUUCCACCUGGAGGUGACCGUGAGCCAGGUGGCCCUGACGGCCAUCCUCCACCAGGAGCACUCCGGGAGGAAGCACCCUGUCGCCUAUACCUCCAAGCCCCUCCUCCCUGAUGAGGACAGUGAGGGCCCCCAGUCCGGGGGAGACAGCCCCUAUGCCGUGGCCUGGGCCCUCAAGCAUUUUUCCCGCUGGAUCGGAGAUACUCCUGUGGUCCUGGACCUUUCCUAUGCCUCCCGCCCCACGGUGGACCCCGAGGCGCGGGAGGGCCGCAGGGUGUCCAAAGCCUGGUUGAUCCGAUGGUCCCUCUUGGUACAGGACAAAGGCAAGCGGGACCUGGAGCUGACCCUUCUCCAGGGCCUGCGCGGGGAGAACCGCCUGCUGACACCCGCGUCCUCCAUGCCCCGUUUCUUCCAGGCCCUGCCUCCCUUUUCCGACCUGUCCACUUUUGUCUGCAUCCACAUGGCCGGCUAUUGCUUCUACCGCGAUGACGAGUGGUGUGCUGGCUUUGGUCUCUACGUUCUGUCCCCCAACAGCCCCCCUGUCUCGCUCUCCUUCUCCUGUUCCCCGUACACGCCUACCUACGCGCACCUGGCGGCUGUGGCCUGUGGCCUGGAGCGCUUUGGCCACUCCCCAUUCCCGGUGGUCUUCCUCACCCACUGCCACUGGAUCUUCAACCUCCUGUGGGAGCUGCUGCCCCUCUGGAAGGUUCGGGGCUUCCUCUCCUCUGACGGGGCUCCACUACCUCACCCGAGCCUCCUCUCCUACAUCAUAGACCUCACCUCUGGCCUCCCCUCCCUUCCCUUUAUCUACCGUACCUCCUACCGGGGCUCUCUGUUUGCCGUGACCGUGGACAACCUGGCCAAGCAGGGCGCCCAGGGCAGUGGGGAGUGCUGGAAUUUGCCAAAGGAUGUGCCAGCCCCUGUGGUGACUCCCCACGGCCCGGGCUCGAGGCCCAACCUGCUGGCUUUGCAGCUGGCUGACAGCACCCUGGCUGAGAUCAUUGCCAAGCUGCAGGCUGGGCAGAAGCUCUCUGGCUGCUCACCUUUCAGCCCCGCCUUUAACUUUCUCAGCCUCGACGAGGAGACUGGCAUGCUCCUGUUCAAGGGAGAAAAGAAGCCCAGGGUCUGGGUGGUCCCCCGGCAGCUCCGGAGGGACCUGAUUUUCUCGGUGCAUGACGUCCCCAUGGGGGGCCACCAGCGGCCCGAGGAGACCUACAAGAAGCUGCGGCUGCUGGGCUGGUGGCCCGGGAUGCAGGAGCAUGUAAGGGACUACUGCAGGAGCUGCUUGUUCUGCAUCCCGCGACACCUCGUAGGCAGUGAGCUGAAGGUUAUCGAGUCCCCCUGGCCCCUCAGGUCCACCGCCCCCUGGUCCAACCUGCAGAUCGAGGUGGUGGGCCCCAUCACUGUAAGUGAGGAGGGCCACAAACACGUGCUCAUCGUGGCCGACCCCAACACCAGGUGGGUGGAGGCGUUCCCGCUGAAGCCCUACACCCACAUGGCUGUGGCCCAGGUGCUGCUUCAGCACGUGUUUGCCAGGUGGGGCGUGCCUGUGCGGCUGGAGGCAGCCCAGGGCCCCCAGUUUGCCCGGCACGUCCUGGUGAGCUGCGGGCUGGCCCUGGGUGCCCAGGUCACCACUCUGAGCAGGGACCUCCAGUUCCCCUGCCUGGCCAGCUCGGAGGCCUAUUGGGAAUUCAAGAGGGCCCUCAAGGAGUUCAUUUUCCUGCAUGGCCGGAAGUGGGCGGCCUCCCUGCCCUUGCUGCACCUGGCCUUCAGGGCCUCCUCGGCUGACGCCUCGCCCUUCCAGGUCCUGACUGGGGGGGAGAUGAGGCUGAGCGAGCCCCUGUGGUGGCAGAUGAGCAGUGCCAACCUCGAAGGGCUCAAGAUGGAUGUCUUCCUGCUGCAGCUGACUGGGGAGCUGCUGGAGCUGCACUGGAAGGGGGCGGACAAGGCCAGCUCCAAGUCCGAGAACAGGCGUUUCCAGCGGGAGAGCCAGGAGAAGGAGUGGAACGUGGGAGACCAGGUCCUCCUGCUGUCGCUCCCCAGGAAUGGCAGCAGUGCCAAGUGGGUGGGUCCCUUCUAUAUCGGGGACCGGCUGAGCCUGUCUCUCUACAGGGUGUGGGGCUUUCCGACCCCGGAGAAGCUGGGCUGCAUCUAUCCCAGCAGCCUGAUGAAGGCCUUUGCCAAGAGUGGCACACCCUUGUCUUUCAAGGUCUUGGAGCAGUGAGCUGGAGCAGUGGGGAGGCCUCCUGCCCAGGGGUCCUGGGUUUCUGCUGCUAGGUCUCCCCCUGCCCCUAGAAGUGCUCCCAGCCCUUUGGGGACCCUUGAUUGUGCCUUUUGUUGAGAAGUUGCUAUGUCAAGCUUUGCUGAAUUGCCUUGAACUGGGGACCAGUGUCCCCGUGGAGACAACCUGUUUGGGGUAUCUGGGAGAAUUUGCACAAGGCUCUCAGAUGUGAGCCUUUGGCAGUUUUACACUGGGGGGUGGAAAGUCCCCUUUGCAAGGUAGGCCAGGCUCCACAUCUUUUCCCUUUCACACAUGUGCGGUUGCACACAUGUGUGCGUGCAUAUUCAGCCCCGACCCCCGAGUCUUAACACCUGGCUGUCUUAACCAUGACGCAGUGUAGCUCUGGCAGGGAGAACCAGAACCACUGUCCUCUUCCAGUUAGAAACCUCUAGUGUGGGUUCCUGCCCCCAACCCAUGCUGUCCUGGCUUUGUCGUCAGGGUUGUCACUGACACACACUCGUGAGGACUGCGGUGAGGUGCCUGCCUCACGGCCAGCUUUCCUAGGUCGGGCUCAGCCUGGCCUGCUAUCCAGGAAGGCCUGGCAGUCCUUCUGGGCCUCAAGGACAAGGGCUCAGGGAGGGAGGCUGGGAGACCACCCACGUGUGAACACAGGGAAGGCAGGGCUGCGGGGGAGUUGGUCUACCUCAUUUGACUCCAGGCAAUGGAGACAACUCCUGACCCCUGCUCUGAGGGUGUUAACCCCACAGGAAUCAAGGAUCUUGAUGCCCAUGGUGGCAUCUCCACCUAGAGAGCUGCUUUUACCAGACCAAGGGGCCCUGGCCUCUGUUUGACGGGGUGGGGGUGGGGGCCGGUAUCUGAAAUGAGCAGUCCGGCACACGGCAAGGCUCUACCUCCCAGCCAAUCCCAUCCCCAUCCCAAAGCCCAAAGCCCUCUACUCCUUCCACCUCCACUAUAUCCUGCACCCCCAGACCCUAUAUAGUGUAUGAUUGCUUCUCUUGCAUCACUACCUCCUCCCAGUCCCUCUAGAUCUGCCUUCUGUGUAGAGCAAAACCUCCCUCAGAGCCAGACUCAGCAAAGAUCACUCGUGCCUCUGAAUUGCCACAGAACGAGUAGGCGGCAGAUGCAGCCCAGUGCCUGGCCUCUGUGGUUUCAUUUCUCUGGAAGGUGAGUCAGUUUGCUGGCCCAGCUCGGGUUUCCAGGACACUUGGCAUUGCAGAGUGUUGGAGUCGAGGAGAACUUCCCAUGGAGCCUAACGAGUCUUUCACAGCACACCAGAGAGGCCUAGGGACUUACUUGAAGUCACAUGGCUUGUUCAUGGCUUGAGCUUCCUGGUUCCCAGUUCACCACGAAAAGGGUUCUGGCAGCAAGUUCAGGCAAGGGAACCCUUCUAAGUCCUAUGCCUACCUUCCUUCCAACUCCCAUUCUCUAAAUCUUGUAGGCAAACUCCGUGGCUGUUGUCCGGAAACCAUUCCCAGCUGUGAGCCCUGUGCAGGAGAGAGUGGCUGGGUGGCAGCUGAGACUGCAGGUGAGCUGUGGCAUUCUGAGCAGAUAGCGCAGUCCUUCCUCCUACCUCCCUCUUCCCUCUGUAGUGUGUCCACCUCACUGUCCCAUUCCGGUGCUGUGUGCAGUCCCCUGUUACCACAUUUAUAAUCUUAUACCCUUGCUUU